UCUCGUUCCACCUGCAUUUUAGAUCAGACACAGAAAGAUUCAUAUGGGUAAGAUUAAAACACACCCACAAGUCCUCUGGAGGAGGAAGGGGGAGAGAGAGAGCCUUUGCUCACUUACCAAGGGGGUCUCAGAGUUAAGCCAGAUGCUCCCAUGUGUCUUCACCUGGAGAACCACUGAACAUGGGCACAACUAACAUGAUUUCAGGAGGGGGUAGGUGGCACUAUUUGUGCAAAUGUAAUGGUCACUGAGAUUAGGGCAGCAUCCUUCUACGUUGAUGUGCAUGAUUUACUUUCCUGGCCACAGCUGGGCGGUUUCAGGCUGAAUGCUUCAGGGCAGGGCGGAGCAGUGGCUGGGGGAAAGGGUGCCCAUACCAACACCUCAUCUGGGCUCAGCCCGUCGCAGCCACAUAGGCCAGAGAGACAACGAACGGGAUUGGUGAAUGUCAGAGUGGAAGAGACUUCAGACAUCAAAUGAUCCAAGCCUCUCACUUUCCAACUGAAAACCAGGAAUCCAGAGUCGCUGGGUGAAGGUCACAGGGCUGACUGGUAACGGAAGUUAGUCCUAUCAGUGAAAGGCUCCCCUUCCAGACUUCUUUGAAGAUCUAUGAAUGUCUAAGUCCGUCACCCAUUAUAGCCUUGUAUGAUUGCCUGUCUCCCAAGCAGUGACAGCAGCUGCGAUCUCGUUCAACUCCUGUGAUGAUCUGGCAGAGGGUUCAGAGAAGAAAGAAGGCGCUGAAGAAGAGAGACGCCUGAGGCGAAGCUCUUCAUGGAAUGGGGCGGUGCCGCCACGCGGCUCAGAGCAGGGCUCGCUGUGAUGCACCGGGCUCGCGGUUUGGAGUGGGCCCUGCGCGGGACUCCGACAAGAUGUAAGCGAGGAAGAAACUUGGCAGAAAGUAGAUGUUUUCGUCUGCAGAGAGAGAUCCCUGAGGCCCCAAAGAAACUGCACUCUCCCAUCCUACCCCGCUACACACAAAAGUUAGGAGCAGCACACCUGCCUUCCCCAGAUGGGGCUCCCCGCGCAAACGCCUCCUCGUCCCCCAGGAUUUUCCAAUGUUGGCGCAAGCUCCUCCCUCGCCGGAGCGGGGCUGCAGUCCUAGCGCCAGGCGUCCGCCGGAGCAGCGGCUGGGGGGCGGCGGGGAGUGGGCCCACCUCGCCUCCAUUGGUUGUGCGGGCGGGAGGGGCGGAGGGAAGACGCGCUGUCCCGCGGACUAGGCGGCCCCGCGCUCACUCCCGCCGUGCCGGCUGCAGCGUGUGCGCCCCAGCUGCUCGUGCGCCCCUGCCGCGAGCCCCACAUUCCUGCGGACGGCUUCGCGGGCUCCGAUCGCCGAGACAAGGGGCAACCGCGUGGAGCUCAGAGAGGCCGGGGGAAGUCGGCGCGUCCCGACCAGCAGCAUCAGUGGACACCUGAUCCCCUGCUACCUUUUUUUGAAAACCAAGAAGCUUUUUUGGACUGAUUAAACUGCCUGAAAUUUUUGCUGAAGCUAUCAUGAAAAAAAAAUGCUGAUUCUGUCCUUUUUAAUUCCUGUGUGAAACUUUGACUUGUAAUAUACUCGUUCAUUCUUGGACCCUUAUAAAGAUGUCUGAACCUGAUUCUUCAUCUGUUUUUUCAGGAAAUGUGGAAAAUGGAACUUUCCUUGAGCUAUUUCCCACAUCCCUGUCCACAUCGGUGGACCCAUCCUCAGGCCACCUGUCAAAUGUCUACAUCUAUGUGUCCAUAUUCCUCAGCCUUUUAGCAUUUCUGCUUCUGCUUUUAAUUGUUGCCCUCCAGAGGCUCAAAAACAUCAUCUCCUCCAGUUCCUCCUACCCAGAGUAUCCAAGUGAUGCUGGGAGUUCCUUCACUAAUUUGGAAGUCUGUAGUAUUUCUUCUCAAAGGUCCAGUUUUUCAAAUCUUUCAACGUGAUGAAAAUGGAAGAAUC